CACCGGCCAAUCAGCAUCCUUCUUCGGACAUGACGGUGCAUCCAUGUUAGGUUGUCGCAUACACAUGUGGGUUCACUGUUGACUCGGGACGUAAACUCGUUUUACCGAAACGUUUCACGGCGUCUCAAAAAUGUCAUUUUUUAUAAAGAAAAAAGAAAACCCCAGAUUGUUAAAGAAGUCUCACAGCGCGGGGACUGGGCCCAAACGAAAGGGCGAUGUGACUGUCGGUGUUAGGAACAAAGUGAAAAAAGGCAACUCCAGAUACAACGAUGAGAUUUCCAGCGACUCUGAACCAGAGAGCCCCACAGUACCCAGAAAGAUCCAGAAAAAAGCUGAAUAUGAAUAUACAGAAACGCCACAGGAGAAAAAGCUUCGACUGGCCAAACUUUACCUCGAACAACUAAAGGAAGCAGACGACAAGAGAGCUGAUGAUGAGGACUUUGGGAAUGCGUUGGUUGCAGGAAAACUUGAAGAAGAAGUGCUGGAACAGAAAGGAAAACUUCAGCGACUAAUUGCUCAAGAUCUUCUUCCGCCAGAUGCUUCAGAAAUCCGGUUACUCAGGGGACACAAACUUCCAAUCACUUGUUUGGUCAUCUCGCCCGACGACAAGUGCAUCUUUUCAGCUGCCAAAGACUGUUCCAUCAUUAAAUGGGAUGUCGAGAGUGGCAAGAAAUUACACACAAUACCUGGAGGAAGGAAAGGCACGGAGGACCGCCACGUUGGUCAUACAGCGCACGUGUUGUGCAUGACGAUAUCCUCAGAUGGCAAAUAUUUGGCAACUGGAGACAUGAACAAACUGAUUAUGAUCUGGGAGGCAGAGACGUGUAAACAUAUUUAUAAAUUCACAGGACAUAAAGGCCCCGUGUCGGGUCUUUCGUUCAGGAAAGGAACUCAUGACCUGUACAGUGCAUCACACGACCGUUCAGUCAAGGUGUGGAACGUAGACGAGAACGCAUACGUAGAAACUCUUUUUGGCCACCAGGACGUCAUCACAGGGUUGGACGGUCUGAGCCGUGAGUGCUGUGUGACUGCAGGUGGACGUGACGGCACCGUGAGGGUGUGGAAAAUAGCCGAGGAGUCUCAGCUGGUGUUCCACGGUCACGAGGGCUCCAUCGACUGUGUUCAGCUUAUAAACGAGGAGCACAUGAUAACGGGAGCAGACGACGGCUCUGUGUGUCUGUGGAGUGUCAACAAGAAGAAGCCUCUCUGCACUGUAAAGCAGGCGCACGGUUGCCAUGGCGACACAUCGCUGGAACAGCCCCACUGGAUUUCUUCGGUGGCUGCUCUUCAGAACUCGGACACCGUCGCCUCAGGUGCCUGCGGCUGUUCACAUAACUCACUGGUCCAGGUCUGGAAGUGUGGUCAGAAAUACCGUGGCCUCCAGCCUCUCUUCAGUGUCCCCCUGUCUGGUUUCAUCAACUGCCUGAAGUUCUCCAGCUCUGGUCAGUUCUUGGUGGCAGGAGUUGGACAAGAGCACAGGCUGGGCCGAUGGUGGAGACUUAAAGAGGCCAAGAACGGAAUCUACAUCAUCCCGCUGAAAAGGAAACCUUCAACUCCAGAGGAGGUCAAAGUGGCUGAAUGAGUAGAAUCAAAUACUUUACAAAUGUCUAAAUUUACAGCUCAAAUAUUCUUAAAUAAACACAUGCGUCACAACUUUCUAUUUAUGUACUCAGUAUUUCUCAGAACUUAAACUUAAAUAAUGUCUUAAAGACUUUUUUUUUCAACAUUUUUUUUUUACAUUUAACCAAAAACAACAGCUGUAGAUCGUCGACAUAUUAAAACAUCAGGAAAUCCCAAAGAUUAAAAAAGUUGAAGUAUUUUAAUAUCAGGUUUUGAUUAUAAUCAGACACAUCGUUCACAUGUAUAACUGCACAGACUCGACUGUCUAGAACAUUAGUGAUAUUGUUGCUUUGCUCUGCGAGCUUCAAAUACAAGUAUCAGCAGAAAAGUUGAUGUAAACGUCACGUUUUUACCUUUUAACCUAUAAACUAAAAGCAAAAAAAAAAAAACAACCAAAGAAAUAAAAUUAAAAAAAAA